ACAUUGCGUCUGGCAACACUAGUAUUGUGCCAUGCCCUAGCGAACGGACGGAGGCAACGAACAACUGUUUAUGUAAACUUUCUGUCAAGUGGAUAACUGUUUCAAAAUACAUACAUAGUGUUACUUCGCGUAAAAUAACAUCUCGCGUAUCAAUCGCGUUGUGGCCACGCUAGUUUCCAUUAAAAUUAUUCGUGCUUCUUCCGCGCAAAGCACAAUUAUGACGAUUCCAGUGCCUUACAUCCUGUGAAAAAAAGGUUGAAAAACAUGUUUUAAAUUAGUCAGUUGAUUGUUUCUUUAGUUUUGUUGUUGUUUAUCAGUGUAAAUAACAGUUUUAAAACUCAUUUUCAUAUUAACGAGAAAGCUUUUAAGUGUUCUGUGAUUAAAAAUACUGUUGAUGUGCAUGUCAAUAAAAAGUUUUCUAGUGUGUUUGACUAAUCAAAAAUGUCUUGUAUCUCGACAUGAUUACGAAUAAAACUAACAGAGUGCAAGCUAUUAAAAGUAAAUUUGAGAGCCUGAAUCACGAGAGUGAACCACUAAUUGUCAAAAAGACUGUUCAGCGAGAACAGCUGGGUAAACAAAAGUCAUACCCCAUUCAAAAUGGUGGCAGUUUCGAAGAACAUUUUCAUAAGGAUAGUUACGACAAAUCGUCGUUUAAUGACAAAAUGCGGCAAGAAUCUGACUCAUCCGCCGAAGACUGGCCGGCUGCACCAAACCUAAGUUAUUUAUACAAUAAAAGUGACGUAAAACGCAGUGUAAGUGAUAUAAAAACAUCCCUAACUCGGCAAUCCAGUGACCCUGGUAAAAAACUCCAUAGAAGUCACGCAUUCCGCUGUGACAGGAGCAAGAUCCAGCCUCAAAGACACGGCAGUUGCAACGGCAGAAGCGAAACCAGUGAUUUUACACUAAAAAUGGAUAAAAAGCUAAGUAACGAACGGUUAAAAAAACUUGGAAACUUGUUAGAAGAUCAGAUGAAGAAAGAAAACUUUGUAGUGCCAAAAAAUAGCUCCGUCUUACAUGACUCUAUACCGAAUUCUGAGGUGCCAAAACAUAUUCUAGAUCAGUAUGCAAUGGUUAUUAAAAAUAGGAAAAAAGAAGAGGCGAAACAAGAGGCCAUGACGGACAGCGGAGUUAGUUCAGAGACUGAAAAUUUAGAUGAUGACAAAUCUAAUAGAGUUAAGAAGUUAAAAUCUCAUUUUGAGGCUGAGACGGAGCCCGACAAAGAUUCCGAAGAAUCUAAAGAUUCUGUGACUGAUUUAAAAGACUCUGUCAUUGAAACUGAUUUUGACUCGAAAGCAUGCUUAGAAUUUAAACCGAACUUGUCUUCUAUGAAUGACUUGUGCGCUUCCAGUGAAACAAUGCGUUUAGAACGCAAAAACCCACAUCUAAUCCUAACUGAUACUUUAAAGAAGGCUCUUAAACAGCCGUUACCGCCUGGUCCGCCUCCGAAGAAACCGCCCAGAAUUUUAGUAACACCGGAGAAGAAAAAAGACACAAAACAAAUGUUGCAAAAGUUAGAACAAGUCUUAGAGCAGAGGGAAGCGCAGAAAGUUAAAAAUAUAUAUGAUAUCGCUGAGACUAACUUAAGUGUACAGAGGCCGAAAGAAAUGCACUAUUUGUGUACUGAAAUUUUAGAUAUAACACAUAGAACUCUACUCCCGAAUCAGACACCGAACGAUUCACUUGCCAAUUGUUUUAACGCUUUAAACUGUGCUAUCGGUAACUCAACGACAAGUCUACCAUACACAAGAUUGAGCGGAACGUUUAACUCAAUCCGUAACUCUAGAUUUUGUUCAUGUAGCGAUGAAAGUUUACACAUAGACUCCUUUUUGAAGGAGAAAUGUGCGAAAUGUGUCGAUAAUGAUGGAAAAAACUUUAAAUGUCAUUUAAAAUGUAAAUGUAAGGAGGAUAAAUCGGAGUUCUUUGUGGAAAAGGAGCAUGUGUACGAUGUACCCAUCAUUGAGAAGAAAUAUGGAACUAUAAAUAGUACAAAAAUGAAACAGAGGAGUUUGGAGAGUCUUAAGAUGGAUGAGGAAAUAAUCUACGACACCCCCCACCACUCCCGCCCCACCACCCCCGAGCCGACUGACUUCCAAAAACUACGCGACAGCUUCGAGAAACCGGCGCUGAAACCGAAACCGAUACUGAAACCGAAGAGUUUCGAGAACAUCUGCGAGUCGGGACAGCAGACGAGAUUUAAGAAAUACGCCACGGAGAGGAAGAGUAGAAGGCUGGAUGGGAGUGAAGUGAGAUUUGGGAAGGAGAAGAGCGUUCAGCUAGACGUCGAUAGACAAAAUUUGAAUCGCCUAAUGAACGAGAUAUACGAAACGGUCUCCGCAUGCAACAUGGAUGAGAACAAGCCAGGCAGCUUCCCGACUGAAUCAUCUGACAGCACCAGCGAAGAUUCAGUAAAACUGACCCGCAAUCUCACGGAAAAGCGCAAGAACUACGUCCGCCGAGUGUCCUCGCGCGUCGCCUACACGGACCCUAAGAACAGAACAAGGUUUAGGCACCAGACCUCAGAUUGUUCCUAUAAAUCUGACACGACCACUGAGGCACCGCGGUAUUCUACGUUCCGUUCUUGGAAAAGCUUUAGGACAUCGCAAGUGAAUGUGAGCGACAUGGACUCUGAACCCCCAGAGCUUACAGAGAGGGGGGUAGACGACAAAACGGGGUGCGGGGGCGUCGGGCAGAGCGGGGGCCUGUUCGACGCGUGUCUGCUCGUCGGCCUCAACUGCAUGGCCGGGGAGGCCUAUGUCAAGAGCGUGUUCCCUAAACAAGUGCAAGUGCCCCCACACAUAGAAAACCUGGUGUUUCCUGAGACCCUUAGCUCAGCCUGCAAAGAAUGGGCGCCUGAGGCGAAAAGCGCCCAGUGCUACUCCCUAGUCCUUACUGACGAGAGAGGCGAACGGUCUUAUGGUUACUGCCGACGUGUGCUACCAGAGGGCGCUACAGUCUGUCUACCGUUAUGCUACUGUAUUAUAGGAAAAUACAGAGCGCCUGGCUUUUAUUAUAAGGUGCUCCAAGAAAUAGAAUCUCACCACGGCAGCUCAGACGUGGAAAUAAACAGCAUACUCCUGCAGCUGUUCCACACCGACUUCCCAUCGCCAGGAGACGAGCUGACGGUCCACCACGUUCGACCUACAAGAAGCAGUCUACAUAUAGAGACGGCAAAGGCAAAAACCAUGCCAGAUUUCCGACAUACUGUGACUGAGAAGGAUAUGGCGGCGUUUUAUGAUUUGGAGGGCAUGAAGGAAAAUCAAAGGACACGGACCCUAAAACGGCCUCUAGAACCCAGAGCUGAUGAAGACAAUGUGUCCAUAUUAUUGGACACCCUGGGCGCCGGUCUGCUGAUCAAAGUCUUCGGCUCUCUACUUCUGGAAAGAAAAGUCAUCAUUAUCAGUGACCAGCUAAGCCUGCUCUCCUCAUGUCUCGAGGCCCUCCAAACCUCCCUGUACCCCUUCGUGUGGCAGCAGCCCCUCAUCUCGGCCAUCCCAGCCGAAAUACAGAGGGACGUCUUAGAAGCACCCCUGCCUAUGUUAGCGGGGCUACUCAAGACGGGAGACUUGGAUACCAGUGGAGUGCUUUUUGAAGAGGGCAUGCUAAUAGACCUAACCCAGCAAUCCAAAGUGAUAUUCUACCAAGGUGACGAGUCCACAAUACUACCAACAUACAGCUACAAGUCCCUCAAAACUACCAUCCAGAUGGAAACCAGACAGAAAGACAAGCAGGACACGAAGACGAGAAAUGUGAUGAUUUCUGAGGCCUUCCUGAGAUUCUUCGUUGAUGUUCUGGGGGGGUACGAGAAGUGCUUUAAGGAGGGAGUGAGGGGGGAUGGGGAGAUGGGGAACGGUGGGGUUGUUUUUGAUAAAGAAAACUUCAUAAAAAACGCCCCGUCGAAACAGAACCAAUACUUCCUGGAAUGGUUCACCGAAACCGCCAUGUUCAACCACUUCAUACAAAACAUGGCGGCCAUACAUACAAACAAACAGAACAACAAUGUGCCGUUAGUCGACACGCCCUUACCCAACUUCUACGAGUUAUUCGAGGAGAGAGUCAGCAGUAGGGGAAGAAUGGAAAAGAUGGAUGGGAAGGGAUAUUAUAAGACGGCUAUGAAUAAAAAGGUUAGGUUAUUGAAAACUAAAUUGAGGGAGUUGGUUAAUUAAUUUUUAGUUUUUAUGGUAAGUUAUUGAAAAAAACAUGUUUUCGAAUUUCUGGCCACCCGUUAGUAACUGGCCACCCUAAACUAAAAAUAAAUUCUAUUCACCUAUAAACAAAAUUGGGUACCUAUUAUACUGUAUUUAAAAUAAAUUAUUUUACGCCAUGCAUGAAAUAUUAGCACCAGAUAAUUAUUAGAAAAACACAGAUAGGAGUUAUUUUUAAACAAAAGUUCUAUUUAAUAAAUCGGAUAGAAAUAAAAAAAGUAGGUGAGUUGACCGCGACGUCACGAUGUAAUGUUUCAUAUAAAUUCCAUAUUAGCAAAUCGUUUUGACAGUUCUAAAAAAGUAACUGAUUUGACUAGUAGGAAAAUACCCUAUUCAUUUUAGUGUGGUGUGGUGGCUAGUUAUUGAAGGCUGGCCAGUUAUUGAAACCUUAUACUAAAAUGAAUUCUUUUUAUAGGUGAAUAGAAUUCAUUUUUAGUUUAAGGUGGCCAGUUUUUAGCCGCUGGCCAGUUAUUGGCGAAUUACCCUACUGUUAUUAUGUGUAAUUGGACAAUAUCAUCCGUACAAUUAUGAUGUUAAUCUCAUAACAGGUUUUAAUGUAUUUGAGCACUUUUCAUACAAAGUUAUAUUUUAUUUUGCAUCUAUACGCAAAAUGUAAUUAAAAGACAUUAAAUUAUUAUAAUAGUUAGUUACGCGAUAGAACAUGACGAUACAAGUGCGAAUUACCUAUUCGCACGUGUAUCGUACAACGUUUUACAGUACAUAUGGCCCUUUAAAUUUUCGAAGUACUUACGUAAAGUGCGUAUAACAUAGGGUGUCGUAAUGGAGCACCAGAUGUAUACUGUAUUAUACUGUAAAAUAUUGUUUUGGAAAAUGUUUAGAAAUUCUUGACGUCUUGAAGUCUUCUGUCUAUUUUAACUUAAAAUGUACAGAAUAAAUGAAGAACUGGAAACAAUAUUUUUUUUUCUAACAAUAAAUUUCUUUGACAAUAUCAUACCGGGUGUGGCCUGUAAUACGAGCAAAAAAUGUAACUGUAGGCUGUACUCCUCAUACUGACCAACAUUUGUUCAGCGACUUUUAAAAAUAACUUGUGGUUUGAUUUUAUAUACUUACACUUUAAAGUUUAUUCUAAGACGCAAUGUAUUGCGAAUUUUGUUAUGUUUAAGGCGUGACAAGCAACGUCAAUCACAAUGAUAUGGCGUGGCGAUGGCGUCCAUUGAAGAUAAUAUUUAUUUUGUAUGAAAAAUAGGGAGUCUAAAUACUUCAUAAUUUUUAAAAGUUGUUGAACAAAAGUGUCAUCGUUUGAGGAGUACAAUCUAUGUUUUAAUUAUUUGCUCGUGUUACAGGCCACACCCGGUAUACAGAUGUAGUGCAUAAUUGUUCUCCAUCGUAUUUUCUCGGAAACGUUCGUAAUACAAUUUCGGAGUACUAAAGAUAAAGAAAUAGUGCCUUUUCAUUCGAUGUUUUUAUCUAUUGUCUUUAUCGUGUGAUAAAUCUGGUAUGGCCUUAACUUUUGUCGUAUUAUCAACUACAGAAGCAGAAUAUGUGGCAUUUGUUUUUGAUAAAAAUGCCAAUAUGUUAGUGUUUGAGGCUUUUUUUUACAGUUAAAUGAAGUUAUAUCGACAAGUGUGACUCUUGUGUAAAUGAAUUGUUAUUGUUAUUUCAUUGGUAAUUGUAUUACUAAGAUCGAUUACAAAAAAAUAACUCAAAUAUGAAAUUGAUUUAAGAAGGAGUUUAUUUAUUUAAUAACAUAAUUAAAACAAAAAGAAAGAAAGAAAAAAGAAAAGAAAAAAAAGAAGAAAGGCCAGGUCAAGAGCAUCCUAAACCGGCGAGCGUGUAUGAGGAUGGUAUGAAAGUGAAGGAAGCGAAAGAGGUAUGUCAGGAUCGUAGCAAGUGGAAAUCCGUGGUAUCUGCCUACCCCUCCAGGAAAUAGGCGUGAUUAAUGAUUAUAUGUAUGUAUGUAUGUAAUAAAAACACUAAACUUAUAAAUAAAAAAAAAUACCUAAGGGGCUAUUCAUAAAUUACGUCA